AUGGCGAAUCACCGGAUUCUGGUCUUUGAUCUUCUCGCUCCUCGCCAUCGUGGCGAUGACGGCAGGGUACGAAGCCAUUCGGGAGGCCUCGCGACAAUACGACGAGAGGCACGCGAGCGUAAUCGAAAACAUUCCACGCUAUCAGGGCCUGUGACUUAUGAUGCAGAAGAAUCUCUGGAGGCUGGCGAACGAAGCUCAUUACUACGAUUAGGUGGCUCGGUGCAAGCUGGAAAGCAGAAGGGCAAGGUCGUCAAAGCGGCCUUCUAUGGUGUGCAGGUAUUCUACUCGUUUUUCAUCAUGCUUCUAUUCAUGACGUACAAUGGUUGGAUCAUGAUUGCUGUUGGUGUUGGUGCUUUCAUUGGCUACCUCAUGUUCAGCGGAUCGCCGCCGACGAAGAGUGCCGCCUGCCACUAG